AUGGGAGGUUGGGGUUGUUUUGGGUGGGGGGUGUUUGGUGAAGGUGGGUCACAAAAACGAUUCCCCGGGAGCAGGAACGAAAGCCUUCUGCAGUCCGUCAGCCCCGCGUUCCACAGUAAGAGCUGGGAACUCACCGUAUCGACCCGGGUACAGCACAUCGAGGGGCUCACCUACUCCCCGCCUCCUACUGGGUUUUUGGGGAAUCAGCUGGUGAGUGCAGCGCUAGUAUUCAGUUGGGGGGUCGAGUGCCCUGUCUUUUGCUUUCGAGUCACCACCGCUUGGAUGAGGGGAAUGCGGUCGAGGGUGGGCGAGUUAGAUCUUACCCUAGUAUGCUUAGGCGGUGAUCCACGGGUCGCGCCGUCGCGCACUGUGGAGGAGUCGGUGCGCGUUUGCCAGGGACAAUAA